AGACAAUGAUAGAGAACGAUCUUCUUCGAUAAAUUCUCAUUGGAAACCAUUCUGUAUCUCUUAUCUUGUUUGCUCACUUUAUAUAUAUAUGUAUAGUCAUUGCUUAAAUUUUUGCACUAUAUACCUAUUGCUAUAUGCCUGCUUGCUUAAAACACAGCUAAUCACAUAAGAUAAUGAUUCGCAAAAAAUAUUUUUCAAAUAGGUUUUAACUCAAGAAGAUUGGAAUGAAGUACUUUACAAUGGCAUGGGAAAUACAAGUAAGUUAAAUAAAAGUUCAAAUUCAAAUAAUUCAUCACCAUAUAAAUCAAUAAUUGAAAUUCGUUCAUCUCAACUUCAAUCAUUAUCAUCAUCAACAACACAAAGUUUUCAUACAUGUAUUGAAUCAAUAGAUAAAUAA